AUGAAGGGACAAUAUAAGUCUGAGAUUAUUCAGAGAAUUAAAGAUUUUAAAGAGGGAGAAAGAGAAAUAACGACCAGUUAUGAGAGCGAACGAGAGAAAAUGAAGGUACAAGCCCAGAAUAUGAUAGAUCAUAUCAGUACCAUUUUUAAAGAAGCCUUGCAGCUAUCCGAGGAAGACGAGAGAAGAAAUCGUAACGAAAUAUCUCAACGUAUAGCAGAAGCUGAGGGAUUUGAGCAAAACUUGGAUCAACUGAUAGAGAAAUUUGAAACUUUCACAGAAUCAGCGUACAUCAGUGGUGAUGGUCCUGGAAUACAACUGAUAGACAGGUCAGGGACAGAGCUGGAUAACAUCAGUACAGAUGGACAACCAUCUGGUCUGGCUGUGAUGCAGGACGGAAGUCUGAUUUACUCUGACUACGACAAUAAAUUGAUCUAUAAAGUGUCACUCAACAAAGAGAAAACAAAACUUAUUAGUACUAAGUCUGGUCCUAAAGGACUGUGUUGUACCAGGUCAGGUGAUAUCCUGGUCUGUAUGGGUUUGUUUAAUACAGCGAGAGUUGUCAAGUACAACAGUAGUGGGAGGAAGUCGCAGGAGUUCGAGACAGAUCAGAACGGGGAGAGUCUUUUUAUUGAUCCAUGGUUUAUUUGUGAGAAUGUCAACGAAGACAUUUGUGUUUCUGAUUGGAGAAAGAGUAAAGUGGUAGUAUUGAACAAGUCUGGAAAUCUUCGGUUUACAUAUGACUGGGUCGUCCUAGCUGGGAUAUUAAAAGACAGAUUUGAACCGCGUGGAGUGGCUGCUGACAUUCUUGGUCACAUCCUCAUCGCAGACGCCAACAAUGCUGUACACUUGAUCAGCCAGGACGGCGAAUUCCUGUCUUUAAUUCUGACAGAGGAUGAUGGGAUAUCACGACCACGAGGAAUCUCUGUAGACAGAUCUGACAAUCUAUGGCUGGUAGAAGAAGACAACGUUUGUGUCAAAAUGUAUCAGUAUUUGUUUUAA